GACAUUUUGUGCAAACGCCUUUGCACUGCGCUGUCUGAAGGCUGCGAGCAGCCCCGACAAGGAGCGCGGCGCGUAUGUAUUACUGUCUGAGUUCAGACGCAGUAGGUACCUCCGGCCAUUAAACCUCCUUUUUUAAUCUUCCUUUUCCACCACUGAAGCUGUCAGCGCCUCUGUGCCCACUGCGUCUGUCAGAUUCGACCUGAAGCCCCGCCCCCUGCCAUCAUAUGUUUACUUCCGCUCUUUGCGUCGGGUGCCUUUGCGUCAUUUCCGGUCCGUGCCGCUGUGUUUAUUUCUGAGUUCAGUUUGUUUUUUUUUGUUUUAACCGCGCACGCCUCCCCGUCACGGUGUUUUCCUCUUCUCCCGUUUUAACGUUCUGAUGGUUGUUUGUUUUUCGGCGUUGUGGGCUCGUGCUGUACCGUCCAAUCCUUUAUUCGACGGCUGUGCUCGCUCAUGUAGAAGAGCGCCGCCUGCAGUCCGGAUGUCUUGUCGUUAGCGCUCGAGCUCCUCCUUCUCCUCCCUCCUCUCCCGUUCUCCUGCUGAUGCUGCUGCGGUCCCCGAGCUAAACGGAUGCGAGGUCGCCGGUGAGUAUUGUUUGAGCAUUUCAAGGACGGACCUGCUACGCUCUUCGUCUUCGAACACGCUGCUUCGCCUUACAAGGCUCGACUCUCCUCUCGCAGACGGGGCGGCUACUGACCCCUGAGUGGUCAGCGGCUCCCGGGUUCGGCUUCUCGUCGUCUUGUGUCCUUGUAGCUCCUCGCAGUCGAACUCACAUCCUGCAUCUCUACGGAACUUGACGUGACCAGGCGGCUGUCGUGCACACUAUGGACGGGUACUCGGCAGACAUGUACAGCAGACACGUCCUGGCAGAGGACAGCUCAGUCAUGGCUCGCAUGCAGAAGAAGUUCUGGAAGACCAAACAGGUUUUGAUCAAAGCCACAGGGAAGAAAGAGGACGAACACGUCGUAGCGUCUGACGCAGAUCUGGACGCAAAAUUAGAGUUCUUUCGAUCCUUGCAGACGACUUGCUUGGACCUCCUGAAGGUUGUGGAGAAAUACCAGCAAAGGAUAAACUGUCUUUCUGUGGAGGAAAAUGAACUCGGCUUGUUCCUUCAAUUCCAUGCUGAACGUGACAGGAGCAAAGCGGGUGACAUGAUGGAGGCCACCAGCAAGGCGCUGUGUGCGUCCGCAAACCAAAGACUGGCACUGGUGCCGCCCCUCCAUCGGCUGGAACAAGAGGUGGAGACGUUCAGGCGGCGGGCCAUCUCGGACACGCUCAUCACGGUGGAGCGCAUGGAAAAGGCCCGGACCGAGUACCGGGGGGCACUGCUGUGGAUGAAGGACGUGUCACAGGAGCUGGACCCCGAUACAUACAAACAGCUGGAGAAGUUCCGGAAGGUCCAAGCGCAGGUGCGGAACACAAAGAUGCAGUUUGAGAAGCUCAAGAACGACGUGUGCCAGAAGGUGGACAUUCUGGGGGCGAGCCGCUGCAACAUGCUGUCCCAUUCUCUGGGCACAUACCAGAUGACUCUCCUCCAUUUCUGGGAGAAGACGGCCCUGAUGAUGUCCCAAAUCGAGGAGUCAUUUUCGGGUCACAUGCCCUACGAGUUCACCACACUGAAGGACCUACAGGACCCCUUGAACCAACUGGUGUGUGACGACAGUGCAGAGAAGCUUCCGGGGGAGUCUCCAGCGAGCCAUUUGGACAAGCUGAUUGCGCUCAAUGAGGAACAGCCGCCAGCACCUGGCACAGAGUUUGAUCAGGAGACGGGCGUCCACGGGAAAGUGAGAAGUGGCCCUUUGUCCCUGAGCCUGGAAACAGUGCCUAGGGACCUCCUCGGGGACCUCCAGGAAGCUGGCGAUUCUGACAGGACCGACCUGACCUUCCUCAAAGAGCUCUGGAGUCCUGCACCGGUGGGCCUGGACGAGCUCGGCCAGGACUGGUACGGGGCUUUUGAGGGGUCUUCUGCUGAGCCCCCCUCCAGUCCAACAGGCUUUCUGCCCUCACAGCUUCUCGAUCGCAGCCUCAGUGCCACAGGCUGGACGACACCCCCCAUGUUCAAGGCUCAAGCAAUGGAGGCCCACCUGCAGGAACCCACCCAGAGUAUGGCCAAGACAGCCCCCCAAGGCACAAAGACUGCAGCCAGCGACAUGUCUGCCUGGUUCAACCUGUUUGCUGACCUGGACCCCCUCUCCAACCCCGAUGCCAUCGGGCGCACUGAUGGGGACCUCUUGAAUGCCUGAGUGGCUGCUGGUGGGCCUGCCAGUCCCAGCAGAUGAGUGCCCCCUCUACCCCCGUGUGUUUGGAUGGA